GGGUUCUCUGCUGCAUCUUUUCUCUUUCAGAUCUGGAAACACGUUUUCCCAGGGGACACAAGGUCGUUAAUUACAGGAAGUCCAAGCUGCAGAGAUACGCUCAGUUUCUAAGGACAGACGGACUUGUCACUAGACUCAUCAAAUACAGCGAUACCAAAUGUACUGAUGUCACAACGGUGAUUGAACAGUACAUGAAUCGACGGGACCACCUGGAGCAAAGGACCAUUGACAAAGUUGACGGUUUCACUACGGAUGUCUUCAAACACGGACGGCGCUUUCACCUCAAACUUCACAGAUAUCAGGCCUUGGCUGUUCACGGGAUCCAUGAGAUGGAGUUCAGCGAAUCAGCACGAGUGGAUGACAUGCUAAAGAGGGUGGUGUCACCAGGAGAGAUGACAGAAACCUUCCAGAACCGAAGCGACUUCCUUUGCUACAGACACACCGUCUUCAGCCGAAAUGUACAAUUCUCUGAAAACAAGAAUGCUGAGCCCAACAUUUACCUGCAGAAGGUAAACGGGAAAUCAGGAUAUGCAUUAAGUGAGGGUAAACGGGGAUAUAGGAUAAGCACAUAUAUUACAAAUGAGACGGGAGGGCAAACAGGAAGUUCAACUGAACAGUACCUGCAAUGAUAAAAAUUAAAAAAUUGAAUUUUGCUACAUGACUUGUA